AUGAAAGGUUUUUUAAUCACCAAUGCAUCCAAAGAUGAGAGGUGGUUUGAGCACAUCGUGACAGGAUUCUACAUCUCGAUGUUCGUGAUCACAAUUAUGACGAACUCGUUCCUCUUCAUCGUGUUCCUCAAGAAUAAAUCGUUCCGCGACCUCAGCAAUUACCUGAUCGUCCAGAUGGCUGCAGCCGACGUCCAGUACCUUUGCGUCACCUUCGCCAUCAUCGUCAUAAAGAACCUGGAUAUAAAGCUGAGCCAGCCGACCUGCAAAGCUUUGUUGUAUGCAGAAGGAGUGGCCAGAUUUGCAUCUUCGCUCUUACUGAUGUUGAUCAGCUUAGGAAGAUCCACGUCUGUUUGCUCACCAUCGAUGUGCUAUACAUUAACAAAAAUUUCCGAAGUUAAGAAAAAAGCUUUCUUAAGCGUUUUCGUCAGCGCUGUGAUUCUUCGUCUGGGUGUCCUUUUCGUGGCGUGUGACCCUGAAAAGUGGGCCCCUGGCUACAGAGUAGCUGUGACUGUUUCUACUUACACCCUUCCCCUGGUGGUAGAGCUGACUGCCUACUCCAGAUCUUACCACAAUAUCAACCGAAGGCUUAGAGCUUCAGUGGGCAGCAAACAAGUUCUGAUGUUUAUCAAGAGGUCGUUGAAGGUUUUUGUGCUAAUCGCUGUAGUUUUUGCAGUCUCUACGCUCCCUGCAUCGAUCAUGGUGAUUCUUCAGUCAUUCCGUGUUUACACACCUAGCUAUUUUGGUGGAUACGUCGGAGAUAUGAUUGAGUGCAUUCCCUGUGUUACAAACGUCAUAUGCUGCCUGGUCUGCAGCCCUAAGUUUCGUAUGGAAAUCAGGAAACUCUUUGCAGAGCAAGCUAAAUGGGCUAAGAUUGGCCCAAUUAACUCUUUAGCAAGCACUGAGACAGAGAUUGAUAGGAAACGUUUAAGCAUCAUGGACAAGACCACUUUAAGAUUGGAUUGGAUUCUUGGCGAUGAUCCAUCUCAAGUUGUCAUUCCAGGAUCCGCUACUUUGAGGGUAGACACACCAGUCAGUACUGUUCCUCUUGACUCCAUAGAGGCACCUCAUAUGGCCUUAGAAACUAUUGCAGAGCGAGACGAAACAAGUCCCGUACGAGCAGCCGGAAAAAAGACCAGAAUUAGCACUUGGACACGUAUGCGUCAAACUUCAAACGAUCGACAGGUCCAGGGAGACCUUGCGGCAUCCAAAGACUCCGUUUUAAAUAGUGCGGACAGUGGAGUCUACUAUUCUGGGUUGCGCCAAAGAAUAGCCUCUGAGCUAUUGAAGACUCAAAAAUGUCAAAAAUUGAAAGAUGGCGGACCAGUGUGGAAAAACCUGGGAAAAAGAUUUGGAGAUGUAAUUAAAAAUAACUGUUUGAUGGAAAAUGAGAUAAAAACAGCAGAAACGGCAGUGAAGAUAAUUAAUGAGGAUGGUGAAGUUGAUUUAGAUGUUACAGCGUUUGGCUGCAAGGAUGAUGACCAAGCGUGUGGCUUAUCUCUAAAUGAAUCCAAAGAUUUAAAUGAGGACAGAAUCCCUGUGAUAGAUCCUUGUGAGGUUGUUGAGGAUGUUGAUGUUGGAUUUAAUGACCAUUCUCGUGAGGAAGUUUCUGGCUCACAAUCUAGCAUGGUUGAUCAUGACAAGUUGGAAACAAUCUGCCGCAAGACCUUUGAUGAAAGGGUACUUCAGUUGCACUGUGAAAUAUCGGAUAAUAAAACAAGCAAUGGAGUUCAUGGUUUGGAAAAGGAGUCCCCUGCUAAGGAGACAAGCAAGUGGCGUGAGCAGCUUCUGAAUGAUGCUGAAGAGAAUGAUAAUUACAAUCGCUUCUACUUUGAGUCUGAUCAUUUAGCUCUAAAAGACAAUAAGCACUAUCAUUUAUUAUUACAAACCUUGCUGAUGUUGGAGUCCCAGAGGAGUCAAGCUGUUAAGGAUCUUGAUAACCUUUAUGAACAGCAAGUUAAAGCCCUCCAAGAUCCUGUUAGUUUUGUGGAGAAGCUCCAAAAUAAGCAACAUUUAGAUCUUCCACCACGGCAGAAGAUUGUAAAGCUACCAUCAGUUCCUUGGGAGGAGUACACAGUAUCACUGAGUGCAAUAGAGAGACAGAGACUAAGUAAUCCACACCUCACCAGAGCCACUUCAAACAACCUGGGUAAAGCAGCUGAAUCGUCAUUACAAAGUUCCGAUGCAAGUGAGACACUGUGUACUGCACCUUCAGAGAGCAAUGUUUACAGUGUCUUUGGAGGAGGGUUUGUUGCAAGCCGGCAAGGAAAAACACUAGAACGAGAAAGUCUGACAAGCGUCUUCACUCCAAGAGGUAGUGAAUUAAAGAAUGGGCAAAACGACAUGAAACCGGUAACCUUCAAUCAGCCCUGGACUACUGAAGAACAGGCUAAAUUGGAAAAGUUGUUGCAGAUAUAUCCCCAGGAAGAGAUUGAAUCCAAGAGAUGGGAGAAAAUUGCUGCUGCUCUAGGGAAUAGAACUUACAAACAGGUUGCCAGUCGAGUUCAGAAAUACUUCAUUAAAUUAGCUAAAGCAGGGCUACCUAUACCCGGCCGUGUGCCCAACAUACCUCGGUUAGGAACCAGGAGUAAGCGGUCUUCCCAUCACUAUCAAACUCUUGGGUUUCGAAAUUCUACGUUUUUUCCUUCUUAUCGACCAAAAGUUUUAAUGGAAGAAGAUGACGAAAUUUCGAGUGUAGCUACGGAUGACACCGUCGGAUAUGCAUCGGAUGAGGAAACUGUGCCAGUAGACCAGCGGAAUACAGAGGAAUACAGAGAACUUGUGGGGCUGAAAAGACUUAAGAGGCAGAGACUGAAGGAGUAUCAGCGAAGUGAGAUGUCUGUCCAGCACCAUGGCUUCAUGUGUGAUGGCUGCGGAAUGAAUCCAAUAUCAGGGACAAGAUGGCACUGUACUGACUGUUCAAAGGACGCUAGUGUUGAUUUUUGCUCAGAGUGCGCUGAAAGUAGAAAUGUGAAUGUGGGUGUCCACACAAGUGAGCAUCACUUGGAACCAGUAGAUUGUAGUUCUACGUUUUUCGUGGACGGGGACUAUCUUGGACUCAGCAGAGGCAGCACUAGUGUUGGUUAUAAUUACCUGGAUCCUAAUUUCCUACCCUCUACUACCAGCUAACACAGGAAGAAAACAAGGUGUAAAGCACUUUAACCAAUAUGAGUCAAGAAAGACAUUAUACGUAGGAAAAUUCGAACACAAGAAGUGACUUAGGUUCCUCGUCUUGCUCCUGACUGGUUACUUUUAGAGCAUGCUUGUUCUGAUUAACGGUCACUAUGAGAUUAUUGUGGAAAGAAUAGUUUCCAGAUGUCUCAUUUUUUUGCCAGAAAAACAUUCUGAAUAGUUUUUGUUCCUAAGGAGUUUCCGAUAAGGCUAGUCAGACCUGAGCUAAAUAUCUCUAGGAAUAAAUCAGCCAAAACGCGGCAAAACGCGGCGAAACAACUUACAGCGCUGUGUGAUCUUAACCCAACCGUUGCAAUCCUGGUUUGCCUUCAAUCCUCAAUCAGAAAAUGCUCUAUCGCCUCUUUACUGACUCGAUUUGACCGCAGCCCAUGACAUUUUUGUUAGAGAUGCGAACCGACGAAAUCUGAUAAAUUCCAAUUUUAAUGUCGUAUGACAGAAGCAC